CGGCCCCGCGCCGCUGGGGCCAGGGACGGCCGCCGCUCCGGCCGCGGGCUGUUUUCACUGCGGAGGAGUUUGGCUCCCCGGAGCAAACACGUCAUAUCAACAGGAGGGCUGCAUUCUCAGGAUCCCCUGCCUGCCCUUUGGCUUCGGCGCUCAGCCCUGCUCCAGCUUGCAUAACGGCACGGGGGGGAGGCAGGGUUGGCCCCUCGCGGGGGCCCCCGCACCGCCUGUCCAUAAAUAGGGGCUCGACGGACUCUCCAGCACUGCAGCGCUCUGCCUCCAGCUCUCGCUUGGCUCAGCUCAGCUCGGCUCGGCUCGACCAUGCAGGCCACGCUGCUCAGCGUCCUGGGGCUGGCCCUGCUUGGGGCACUGCAUGCCCAGGACAGCAUUCCCAUCCAAGCCGACUUCCAGCAGGACAAGCUCACGGGGAGAUGGUACAGCAUCGGCCUGGCCUCCAACUCUAACUGGUUCAAGGAGAAGAGGCACCUAAUGAAGAUGUGCACCACUAUCAUCUCCACCACCGCAGAUGGAAACCUGGAAGUCACCUCCACCUACCCCAAGGGUGACCAGUGUGUGACAAGGAACAGCCUUUACACCAAGACGGAGCAGCCGGGGAGGUUCAGCUACACCAGCACCCGCUGGGGCAGCAAGCACGACAUCCGUGUGGUGGAGACCAACUACGAGGAGUACGCCUUGGUGGCCACCCAGAUCUCCAAGAGCACCGGUCCCUCCACCAUGGUGCUGCUCUACAGCCGGACCAAGGAGCUGAGUCCUGAGCGCCUGGAGAGGUUCACCCAGUUCUCCAGGGAGCAGGGCCUGACGGACGAUGAGGUCCUCAUCCUGCCCCAGACAGAAAAAUGCAUGACAGAUGCUGCCUAGGUGAUCCCACCAGCUGCUGCCGGCCAGAGCCCUGACAGUGCCGCGAGCUGGUGACCACCCUGUCCCAUCCCAACCCCAGUGCACCCCACAGCACUGCAGCAGCCUUCGCUCCCUGGCUUCACACCCCACACCUGUACCCCCAUCCCCAUUAAAGCCCACAUAAAACCAA